AUGUGUCUGCCCGUCAAGUACUGCACCUCGCGCUCGCGCAGCCUGCGCCAGGCGCUGGGGAUCCCCUUCUCCGAGAAGCCCGGGGUCAAUGUCCCGCCGGCCACCAAGCCCGGGAAGAAGAGCCGCGCGCGCAAGCGCGCCCCGCAGGCCCUGGCCGCGCUGACGCCGAUCGCCCGGGUCGAGCGGACCCUGCUGCUGUUCUUCUUCCAGACCGAGCGCUGCUGGGCCUCGGCCAUGAACUUCUUCGACCUCGGCGGGUCGGCCGGCGACUUGCGCUUCACCCGCCACAUGCGCGCGCAUCUGCUCAAGGCGUCCAAGCACGCGCAGAUGCUGCUCGGCGCGCUGGCCAACGUGUCGACCGUGGCCGAGGACGCCGGGUCCGGCGUGUCCAUCACCCCCCUGACCAAGGCCCAGGUGGCGGCCCAGUUCCACUGGAUCACCGGCUACUACCACUUCCACAUGCGCCAUUGGGGGCAGGCGCUGGAGCAUCUUCCCCUGUGCCGCGAGUAUUACAUCGGGCUGCUGCAGACCCCGAUCGACGAGUCGGUCCGGCACCUGUUUGUGUCGCGGUUGGAGGACAUCGAUGCCAUGCUCCAGCGCUGUUUCUUCCGCCUGCAGAUCCUCCCCCCGUCCAAUGACCGGGCCGCCGCGCAGGCCGACUACGCCAAGCGCCUGGCCGAAAUGGUGGCCGCCUCCGACCAGCCGACCUACUUCCUGACGCCGGACGAGAUCAGCACCGCCGGGACGGUGGCCGAGGCGGCCGCGCGCGCGCGGUCCGCCGGUGCACACGGCCUCUCCAAGAAGCGCCGGCUCCUCGAGCAGACCGGCCUGCCGGAGGAGCUGCUGCCGGUGCUGCCGUGCGCCAAGCGUGCCAAGGCCCGGCAGAGCGCCAUCCAGGCGGCUUGCGACGCGGUGGCCUCCGGCGGGCAGCUGGAGCAUGUCCCCACCUCGGCGGCCCUGGGCCUGGCCGAGGUGCCGCUCAUCUUCUUCGACAUGGUGCCGGGCUACCUGGCGCUUGGUGGCAUCGACCCGGCGCAGACCGUCGACAAGGUGGCUGGCCGGCCGACCGGGGGCAAUCUGCCGGUGGUCCCGGCGGCGGCUGUGCCCCCGUCCGCGGCCCCGGUGGCCACUUCGGCGCACGCGCCCAUGGAGGUUGUCCGCUCGGAGGAGGAGGAUGACGACGAUUUCGUCGACGCCGAGGAGGGAUCCGACUGGUGA